GCAGGCGAGCUGGAUGCUCGCCGCGGGGUUUACAGCAACACGCGCACACUUCUGCGGGAGCUCGCGAACCGCCCCUUCCGUUUCGUGACGACCAAGCUGCGAGCAAAUACCUCCGCGGCCGUGCAGCAAUCUCUGCUCUCGAGCCUCGAGAGAGUCUGUUCCCAUCAAUUACUGAAGCCAUAAGGAAAAAGAAUUCAGACCGUCAUGAUGAGGUGUUGCCACAUCUGCAGGCCUCCUGGCAGAGUGCCAGGCAUCCGCGCCCUGCGCUGCUCUCUGGCGCUGGUCCUCACGCUGCUGCUGGUGGCUGGGGCCCUGACCACGCUCCUGCCCAGUAACAAGGACGACAAGAUGCUCACGCUGCGGAGAGUGGCCAAGUCCCCGGGCAGGCCCACCCCGGACGGCUUCACGCUCAUCAUGCAGACGUACAACAGGACGGACCUGCUGCUGCGGCUGUUGAACCAUUACCAGGCAGUGCCGCGUCUGCACAAAGUCAUCGUGGUGUGGAACAACAUCGGGGAGAAGGCGCCCGAGGACUUGUGGAAUUCUCUAGGGCCGCACCCCGUCCCCGUGGUCUUCAAAGUGCAGGCGACCAACAGGGUGAGGAAUCGGCUCCAGGUCUUCCCCGAACUGGAGACCAGGGCGGUGUUAAUGGUAGAUGACGACAUGCUAAUUAGCGCCCAAGACCUUGCUUUUGCGUUCUCUGUGUGGCAGCAAUUCCCCGAUCAGAUCGUAGGAUUUGUUCCUAGAAAGCAUGUCACCACGUCGUCGGGCGUCUACAGUUACGGAGGCUUCGAGCUGCAGACGCCGGGCCUCGGGGACGGCGACCAGUACUCCAUGGUGCUGGUCGGAGCCUCCUUCUUCAGCAGCGAGUACCUGGACCUCUUCCAGAGCCAGCCCGCGGCCGUCCGGGCCCUGAUAGACGAGACGCAGAACUGCGACGACAUUGCCAUGAACUUCCUCGUCGCCAAGCACAUCAGCAGGACCUCGGGGGUGUUUGUGAAGCCUGUGAACAUGGGCAGCUUAGAAAAGGAAAGCGCGGGGGGCCACCCGGGUAUGUGGCACCGAGCCGAGCACUUCCUGCAGAGGUCCUACUGCAUCAACAGGCUGGCGGCCAUCUACGACGGCAUGCCUCUCAAGUACUCCAACAUCAUGGUCUCUCAGUUUGGCUUCCCGUACGCCAACCACAAAAGUAAAAUGUGAAAGCUGGGUAGGAGCAAAGCUCACAACCGCUUAGCCUUUGAGCAACUCCUCCAUGCCACGGUUGGUUGGCUAGUACUGUGAAGCAACGUCAUGAACUUUCAUCUACUCCAGAAGUCUCUACAAAGGAAAAAAAGGUACAGUGCUUCUAGGGUAGGAAAGUCACAUGACCUUCAAAAACCAAGAACCGGGGGGUCUUCUGACGAGGGAUCUUCAUCCAGGGACACAGCACCUAGGCGAGCAGCCCGGUUGUUUACACGCAGAGACAGUCCUUCGAUUUCCAUGACUCCAGGCGUUGGCCUUGAGGACCCAGAGCUAGCUGUUUCCAGGACCAGAACCUGCAGGGACGCGUUUCUCUGCAUUUUCCUUGAAGGAUGCUCACUUUCUUGGACACUUGAAGGGCCCCCUUCGCAAAAGCCGUGAGAGGAGAGACGGGUCUUGCUCCCUUGUCGAGGCAGCGGGGCACGGGCGCCCCAGGGCUUCCCCGCGGUCCCCGCAGCCGGCCUGGCCGGGACGGACCAGCCCGAUCCGUUUCGGUGCAGCCCCAGCGCUUUUCUUUCUGUUCCUCGUCUGCCGUGCCUGGGGGGUCCGGUUAAUAGCGGAAGACCGUCCAGGGUUGUGCCUGAUUGUCGUGGGCGUUGACUGCACAGGUCACCGGCAAGGGCAGCCCAUGUUGUGAGGCGCAACUCUGGCAAUUUGCAGCAGCGGUCACUGUUUUACUAGAUUUCGGUGGUGCGUUUUUGUCCCUGAAUCUGACCUUAAGAUUGUACAUUAAUUCUUAUAUUUUACAUAAAGUGUUUUUCGUUUAAGAAGUGUGUAUAAAAUAACUUCUGAAAGAAUGUUGAAUGAGAACCAGCAGAAUUUAAAACCCUUAACAUCAGAAGCUCUUUAUUAUUGAGGCCUAGGUUAUCUCAUGGGUACUAAACAGUUGUGUGUCAUGUACACAGUCAAUUUCUGGCAUUCAGAACUUCCCCCCACCCCCGACACUGACUCCAUAAUAAGAGCUAAGGCACCGUUCACCAUUAUGGACCUUGGGUUAUGUAGAUACAGGAACAAAUCCGAGAUCUGCGCCACCGGGGAGGAAUUCUGCGGGGAGUCCGCACCGGCUAUCCGCUGUCUGUCCUGUGAGCUGGUGUCUGCGCCCCACAGUUUUGGCUUGGUCCCUCCCUGUUCACUACUGGCAGCGAGGACCACUUACGUAGGCCCUUGUCUCCUAACCCCCGCUCCCUUCCGCCUCCGCCUCCUUAUCACAUAAUGCCGUUGUAUUCCCACAAUUGCAGAGCCGUGAAAAUAUUAUUCUAACCCUGGUUUAUGUUGCAACAAUGAGGUCUUUGUGCAGUUAGUUCAUCACACGUUUGUUUCUUUACAUUGGCACACAUGUGUGCGCCUUAAGAUAAAGCCAGUAGGACACGGAACCUCACUAAAAAUCUAUAAUGUUAAUUCUCUGCCUUGUCCAAACUUAGUAGCAGCGUUUUGACUCUUGGGGUUGCA